GCAUUCAUUCAUUCAGUCAAGUCCAAGGCCAGGGGAGAGGGAGAGAGAGGGACAAGACAACACAAGCACAAGCACAAGCACAACAACAACACAACUCCAACCUGAAAUUUCACAUUCCUCAAACAAACACUGAUUGUAAAACACUAGCUAAUUUGCUUCUUCACGCAGAUCUCAGUUAUUACAAAACACACACACACAAAAUCUCAAACAAAACUACAAAACUACAUAGUACACAAACCCUAGUCCAUAAACCAAAAAAAAAAAAAAAAAAAAAAAAAAAACAAAGGUUUCAUUCCCCACAUGUCUCAGCUGCUGGUUUUGAAUCUGGUUCUGUGUCUCCUGCUCUUCUUGAUCCCAAAAACGACAUCGUCGUCUUCGCCGUCUCGGUCGCUCCUUCGUUCGAUCGAAGACAACAAUAAAAAUGACAACGUCGUCGCUGAUCUCCACCCUCACGAUUACGCUGUCGAUAUAAACGUCACGAAUUUCGAUGCUGUUCUCAGAGACACGCCUGCCACCUUUGCUGUCGUCGAAUUCUUCGCUCACUGGUGUCCUGCUUGCAGAAAUUAUAAGCCCCAUUACGAAAGAGUUGCAAGGCUUUUUAAUGGACCUGAUGCAGUGCAUCCGGGGAUCAUAUUGAUGACUAGAGUGGACUGUGCAUUGAAGAUAAACAGUAAACUUUGUGAUAAGUUUUCUGUGGAUCAUUAUCCUAUGCUCUUUUGGGCCCCUCCUUCUAAAUUUGUAUCUGGUGGUUGGAAACCUAAACAAGAGAAAAAUGAAAUACGUGUUAUUGAUGAUGCACGGACAGCUGAUCGAUUGCUUAAUUGGAUCAACAAGCAAAUGGGCAGCUCUUUUGGCUUGGAUGAUGAGAAAUUUGAAAAUGAGCAUCUUUCAUCAAAUGUGUCAGACCCUGGACAGAUUGCACGAGCUGUGUAUGAUGUUGAGGAGGCAACAUCAACGACCUUUGACAUCAUCUUAGAACACAAGAUGAUCAAAUCAGAAACCCGGGGUUCACUAAUUAAGUUUCUACAACUUUUGGUGGCUCAUCAUCCUUCUAAAAGGUGCCGUAUGGGAAGUGCAGAGGUCCUUGUAAACUUUGAUGAAUUGUGCCCGUUAGACAUGGACUCAACUAGUAAGAAGGAAAAUAAUGAUGGAAAGGGUGCACUGGGGAAUAUUCAGAUUUGUGGAAAAGAAGUUCCUCGUGGAUAUUGGAUGUUCUGCCGUGGCAGCAAGAAUGAUACUAGGGGUUUUAGUUGUGGAUUAUGGGUUUUGCUGCAUUCACUCUCUGUGAGAAUUGAGGAUGGAGAGAGCCAGUUUGCAUUUCAAGCUAUUUGUGAAUUUGUACACAACUUCUUUAUUUGUGAGGAAUGUCGCCAACAUUUUUAUGAGAUGUGUUCAAGUGUCUCUAGUCCCUUCAACAAAACCCGUGACUUUGCCCUUUGGUUGUGGAGUGCACACAAUAAGGUCAAUGAGAGAUUAAUCAAAGAAGAAGCCACUCUACAAACUGGGGAUCCUAAAUUUCCAAAGAUGAUUUGGCCUCCAAAGCAGCUUUGCUCUUCCUGCCGUCAAUCCCAAAGCCAGAGUGGAAUUCAGUGGGACCAGGAUGAGGUGUUCAAAUUUUUGACUGAUUACUAUGGGAAAAAGCUAGUGUCUAUAUACAAGGACAAGAAUAAUCAUGAAAGUGAUAAGUCUGGUGCGGCUCUUGAUGAUUUGGUGGUCUCAACAAAUGCUUUUGUGGUGCCUUUGGGAGCUGCAUUGGCAAUUGCUGUUGCUAGCUGUGCAUUCGGAGCACUUGCUUGCUACUGGCGUUCACAGCAGAAAAGUCGGAAGUAUUUUCACCAACUACACUCUUAUAAAGAAAUAUGAUAAUUAGGAGGGCCAAGAAAAAGCUGGAACUAAAGAUUGUUAGGAGGAAAAAAUACAUACAGGCAACAGCCAGGUUAAAUCAGUCUCUGAAUAGGGAGGGAGUCCAGAUGAAAGACUUGUACCAAAUACCCUGCUUGAGGUCCUCUUCUGUAUCCUCUUUCAAAACCUUUUUUUGGUUUUCAAUUAAAAUGGACUGUACAGAUUUUUAUCACAAUCAUAAUUUUGACAGAGAAUCACACUAGAUUUGUGCCUUUUUUUUUUUUUUAAAUAAAUUUUUUGAAGUUUACUUUUUGUUAAUCAUACGGACCUAGACGAGGGAUUAGAAGAAGAGUAAUGACCUUGUAUGUACUCUAUUUGAAAUAUGGAGUCAUGAUUGGCAACUCCAUAGGAUUUGGAUUUGGACUUCAUGCAGACUUUGACCUGAUUGUUACAUCAUCCACUUAUUAAUAAAACUUGUCUUUCUUUGUA